GAGCGCUGUGCAGUGCACUACGCGCAGUGUCAUCAAGUUCUUUCAUCGUGGUGUAUAAGUCUUGUUACGCAUUGUUGCGUUAUUCACGAGGCAGUGUACGAGAUUUCUACUUGUGCCUCAUCACUUGGCACCUUAAGAUCCUCGGGCAGGCCGCAUAACGAAUUCGCAGCUAUUCGGAGUAAACGUGAAAUUGCUCCGGAACUCGACUCGAGCGCAUAACCUCCUCAUCUCAAACGGUCGUCCGCACAACAUGCUCCGCUUUUGAUAGCCAAAUCGCAAAGUGCGUCACGAUUAACCGUGAGACCUAACGUAGCCCGUUUAAGAGCGCUCAGAGCUUCCAGAUUUGUCGAUGGACUACGAGAAACAAAAGGACGAGGUCACCGCGUUGGAAAGCAUUUACACUGAAGAAGAAUUUUCGUAUCACGAAGAGAACGGCCGAUUUGAAUGUACUUUUAAAAUAUUUGUAAAUCUGCCAGCAAAAUGUCAUUUGUCAUACAAGGAUCUGAGACACGAAGUAGAUUUGGCGCAGGAAGUACAGAUAUCAUAUCUACCACCCUUGACAUUGCACGUCACACUGCCGGAGGAUUAUCCAUCCAUGUCGGCACCUACGUUUAUGUUAUGCUCCUCUUGGUUGUAUCCAGUAGUAUUGUCUAAGUUAUGCAGAAAACUCGACAUAUUAUGGGAGAACAGCAAGCAGGAGAUUUUGUUCAUUUGGGUAGAGUUUCUCCAGGAUAAAACACUUAGCUAUUUAAAGAUAAAGGACCGUAUAGAUAUGGAUUGCAUGUACACAUCUUAUAAAAGAACAGUGGAAAAAUUACAAGGCUCGCAGACAAACAAGGAAGUAAAUGAGCCUAACAAGCAAUCUAACAGCGAAGUCAACAGAGACAGUGGUGUGUCCAAAAAAACCAGUGUCAUCGACAAAAGAGCCAUUUUAGACUGUCCGAUCGGUAGGAAUCCUAUUCAGAUGUUGAUCGAUUAUAACGAGAAGCGAAAGCAAAUUGAAUUCAAAAAGAAUUUUUACACAUGUAAUAUCUGCUUCACCGACAAAUCAGGGGAGCAUUGUACACAGUUUUUGCCUUGUGCCCAUACUUUCUGUAAAGAUUGCAUUAGGGGUUAUUUUGAAGUAAAGAUCAAAGAUGGAAAUGUACAGAAUAUUUGUUGUCCUGAAGAGAAGUGCAAGUUUGAGGCUACGCCCGGCCAAGUAAAAGAGUUGGUAAGUUCGGAGUUAUUUUCAAAGUACGAUUCCUUAUUGUUAAGUACUACGUUAGAUACUAUGAUGGAUAUAGUUUAUUGUCCAAGACGACACUGUCAGUAUCCAGUCACUCGCGAUCCUGAUGAUAACAUGGCGAGAUGUCCCGUUUGUCAAUAUGCAUUCUGUAUUCGUUGUAAGAUGGUUUACCAUGGGGUAGAACCCUGCAAAAUUAGUUCAGCUGAGAAACAACGAUUAUUGAAUGAAUAUCAAUCAGCCAGUAACGAGAAGAAGGCCGAAAUGGAAAAGCAUUACGGCAAGAGACAGCUUCAAACGAUGUUAGAGAAUACAAUGUCUGAAAAUUGGAUUAAUGAUAAUAGCCACAACUGUCCUCAUUGUAAAACUGCAAUCGAGAAAUCGGAUGGCUGUAACAAGAUGACUUGUUCGCACUGCGGCACGUAUUUCUGUUGGCUGUGCGGCACGCGGCUGAAUCCCGAGGCGCCUUACUUACAUUUUCGAAAUCCGGAUUCCAAAUGUUUCAACAUGUUAUAUCGCGGUAUGAUACCCGACGAACUGGAUGACGAUGACGAUUUUGAUUUUCACGCUGAAUAUCUGGAUUAUUAUUCAGAGGACGAAGAAUUUAAUUAUGAUGAAGAUUUUGUCUUGGAAUACGAUGAUUGAAUCAAUGUUGCUAAA